AUGGCAGCCGGGAAAGCUGAAGCCUCUGGUCCUGGCGCAGAGGAUGCCUUGUCCUUGCGCUCCAAGCUGCUGCUCGGUUUGGGACAGGGCGUGGAAGGCAUUUGGAUCACCGUCGGAGGCUUUUACCUGAACAAGUUCUUCCUUGAGACUUGCUGCAUUGAACCUGCGCUUGUCGCAAUCAUCCAGCUCUGCGUGGGCUUAUUUGAUGCCUUCAAUGACACACUGAUUGGUGCGCUGUCUGACAAAACACACACCCGGUUCGGACGUCGCCGACCAUGGCUGCUUUUUGGCGGGCCAUUCUUGGCUGUGGCGUAUGUCUGCGUCUGGAAUCGACUCCCUCUUGACACACCACAGGAGAUGAAGAUGCUCUAUUACCUGGCCUCCUACAUGGCCGUUAGUCUGGGUCUGACAUCUAUAGCUGUCCAGAUUGGAGCUUUAGUUCCUGAACUUACAAGCGACUAUCACGAGCGCACGAUUGCUGCUGGCUUCCGUGUGGUGGGGGGCAACGCCUGCGGCGUUGUUUUCGCUGUGCUGCACACGGGACUUGUGGGCACCGCCUCCCGUCCGGAAGAUUUCCUCGUUAGUGCUGUGAUUUGCGCCAGCUGUAUCUGGAUCUUCUCCUGGACAGUGUUUUGUGGCAUCCAGGAACGCCCGCCGAAGCAGGAGACAAUCCCGAGCACUGGCUUACUCAAUGAGAUUUCCCUGGCCUUACGAAACAAGGCCUUCUGCUACGUCUGUCUUAUGUACGUGGCAGGGCCGACAGCUGUGACUUUGAUGCAGUCCAACAUCGCGCUCUUCUGCAAGUACAUCCUCAAGGAUGAGUCCAUCCUGAUCAUGAUACUUCCGAUUGUACAGGGCAUUGGGCUAUUGAUGAUUCCGGUCUGGGUUUUGAUCGGCCACAAGACAAGCAAGCGGCACGUCUACAUGAUCGGUGGCUGCAUCCUGGCCCUGGCCAUGGCCUUCUUAAACUUCAUCGCGGACACGACCGCGGCAGUGGUGGCCGCGGGGAUCAUCGGCGUGGCCUUGGCAGUGCCCUACCUCGUUCCCGUCUCGAUGCUGCCAGACGUGGUUGAGGCCGAUGAGGAGAUGACUGGACGAAGACGCGAGGGAAUCCUUGCGGGACUUUUCACCACAUCGCUGAAGCUGUCAGCUACGGCAGCAAAUGUCGUGACCAACUUUACCCUGGAGCAGGCGGGCUACGUGGCUCCGAGUUCCACGUGCGAUGGGUCUCUGACGGGCAUUGCGCCUUUGGCAGUGACGGACACCCAGCCGGAAGCGGUGAUGCAAGCGAUGCGUUGGCUUGUCGGGCCUGUCCCCGCAGCUUUGGUGGUGCUGGCAACCUUUGCGGCGUGGCGUUUCCCUAUCACUCCUGAGGUCCACGCUCGAAGGUUAGCUGCCAAGGGCGACAAGAUUGGCGCGCGUCAAGAGGCAGAUGUGCAAGAGGCUUAA